AUGGACAAAGACGAAAAGGGCAACACUGGCAACGUGACCGACCAGGUCACCGGCACCGCGCAAUUCGCCACCAGCCUCCUUGGCAACACGGUCGGCGGUCUGGGCCGCACUGUCGGCGGAGUCGCCGGUGCAGCAACUCGCGGUUUGGGUGGCACCGUCACCAGCGUUACCGGCGAAGCUGGCCGGCCUGUAGGGGAUGCAGUGGGCAAUAUUGGCACGGGCCUGGAGGGAGGAUUGAAUAGUGUUUCUAAGGGGGUGGAGGAUGCUGGACAGUGGAAGAAGCAGUAA